CAAUCAGAGGCCGCCACCUCUCUCUGCGUGUUUGCUCACCGCCAUUCUCUGGAGGAAGCACGUGUGCGAAUGCGAAAGUCGUCUUCUUCAUUCGCGGUGCUGCAAAAUGACCUAACCUCAUAACCCUCUCUCUCUCUAUAUCCCUCUCUCUUCUGAGAGGGGUUUACCCUUUUUCGUGACCUCUCCGACUUUGGCCCUACGAUUUCUCUACUAUUUACACUACCUGCCAUCCCCAUUUUUCUUCGCCCUUGUCUCCGUCCACCACGUAAAUCUCCAAAUGAAGCCCUCGAGUUUCGGCUUUUUGUGUUGAUGCUGAUCCGGAGCAAGACGACGUCGUUUUCGAUUCUGCACCGGGGCUUCGAAUUCUAGGGUCGCGGACGCUGUUGGUUGUUCUGUAAAUAUGGAGAGAUCUAAUGGCGCAGAUUUUAGGGACUUUCUUGAGAGUUCCUCAGGUUCCUCAGAUAAUAAACUCUUUGAUGCCUCACAAUACGAAUUUUUCGGUCAAAAAUUGGUGGAAGAAGUUGAGUUGGGGGGUUUGGAAGAUGAGGAAGACAGAAAACCUUUAUUUGGCCCUGUUGAUAAUGAGUACCAUUUAUUUGAGAAGGAUGAGGGUCUAGGUUUGGGAUCUUUAUCUGACGUGGAUGAUUUGGCAAGUACUUUUGCAAAGUUGAACAAAGUUGUAACGGGACCAAGACAUCCAGGAGUUAUAGGAGACAGAGGUUCUGGAUCCUUUUCACGGGAAAGUUCAUCUGCUGCUGAUUGGGCCCAAGAUGGAGAUAUCAGUAACUGGUUAGAUCAGCAUAUGUUUGAUACAGAAAGUUCCCAGGAAGGUAAGAGGUGGUCGUCACAGCCCCAGCCUUCUUCUGCCCGAUUUUCCGAAUCAAAACAGCCAAAACCUUUGUACAGAACAUCCUCAUACCCCGAGCAGCAGCCAGUCCAGCAUCACUUCACCAGUGAACCAAUUUUAAUGCCCAAAUCAACGUUCACAUCAUUCCCACCUCCUGGAAACAGGUCCCAGCAGGGUUCACCACACCACCAGCUGAAUAUUUCUACUCUUGCUGGUGGUUCCCAGUUGCCCUUUUCUGCUCCAAACCUUUCUCCUUUAUCUAACUCUAAUCUUCUUAUGGCUGGUUUACCUCAUGGGUUGCAUUAUGGAGGGAACAUGCCUCAGUUUACCAACCCUGGCCUUCCUUUCAAUAGCAGGGCACAAAAUCAUUGGGCCACCCAUUCUGGAGUAUUGCAUGGGGAUCAUUCCAGCAUCAUAAACAAUAUACUGCAGCAACAGCACCCUCAUCAAAAUGGACUUCUGUCCCCACAAUUACUGUCAGCUCAGCAGCAGUUACAACAGCAGAGAUUGCACCAUUCGGUUCAGCCGUCUUUGGCCCAUUUUGCAGCAAUGCAGUCUCAACUUUAUAGUACCCAUCCUUCUCCAUCACAUAAGGGAAUGCAUGGGUUGUCUGACACAAGAGAUCAUAGACCUAAACAUAGAGGAAAACAGCGUUAUUCUCAAGGCUCUGAUGCUGGUAGUCAGAAAAGUGAGAGUGGGUGGAUCCAGUUCAGGUCUAAGCACAUGACAUCUGAAGAGAUAGAGAGUAUUCUUAAGAUGCAGCAUGCUGCGACACAUAGCAACGACCCCUAUAUCGAUGAUUAUUACCAUCAGGCAAGUCUUUCUAAAAAAUCAGCUGGUUCGCGGUCAAAACACCCUUUCUGCCCAUCUCAUCUGAGAGAGUUCCCUUCCCGAGGUCGUAAUAGUAGUGAUCAGCAUACUCAUAGUUCUGUUGAUUCUCUUGGGAGAAUCCCCCUAUCUUCCAUACGUAGGCCUCGCCCCCUCCUUGAAGUUGACCCUCCCUCUGGUUCUGGUGAUGGAGAACAGGCCUCUGAGAAGCCUUUGGAGCAGGAACCAAUGCUUGCUGCUAGAAUUGCUGUUGAGGAUGGCCUUUGUCUCCUCCUUGAUGUUGAUGAUAUUGAUCGACUUAUACAACAUGGUCAGCCCCAAGAUGGUGGGGUUCAACUCAGGCGAAGGAGGCAAAUCUUGUUAGAAGGGUUGGCAUCAUCACUUCAGCUUGUUGACCCACUUGGUAAAGGCAGCCAAGCAGUUGGGCUGGCUCCAAAGGAUGACCUUGUGUUCCUACGGUUAGUGUCUCUUCCUAAGGGCCGAAAAUUCAUUUCUAGGUUUAUUCAGCUUCUCUUCCCUGGUAGUGAGCUUGCCCGUAUUGUCUGUAUGACAAUAUUCCGGCAUUUAAGGUUUUUGUUUGGUGGCCUACCAUCUGAUUCUGGAGCCGCUGAGACAACUACUAAUCUUGCAAAGACAGUUUCUACAUGCAUUAAUGGUAUGGAUCUUCGUGCACUAAGUGCUUGUCUCGUUGCAGUAGUUUGUUCAUCAGAGCAGCCACCACUCCGACCUCUUGGGAGCCCUUCUGGAGAUGGGGCCACUAUUAUUCUAAAAUCUGUUCUUGAAAGGGCAACCGAAAUCUUAAGUGACCCUCACGCUGCUGGAAACUGCAGCAGGCCUAACCGUGCCCUUUGGCAGGCAUCCUUUGAUGAAUUCUUUGGUCUUCUUACCAAGUAUUGCUUGAGUAAAUACGAAACUAUAGUACAAACAAUAUUUACACAGCCUCAGCAAAGCACAGAAGUUAUUGGUUCAGAGGCUACCAAGGCAAUCCAUCGUGAAAUGCCUGUGGAGCUUCUACGUGCAAGUCUUCCUCACACUGAUGAGCGUCAACGGAAGCUUUUGUCAGAUUUUGCUCAAAGGUCAAUGCCUAUAUCUGGUCUUAAUGCCCACGGUGGGGGUGGAGGUCAAAUGAACUCUGAAUCAGUGAGGGGAUAGUGGAGAACUACAGGUUUUCCGGAAGGUUUCUCAAAAACAUGAUCUGUCAUUGGUGGUUGUGUGCAUUUCAGACGCUUUCACAAAGUGAAUCUGCUUGAGAGGAGGGAUGUGGCAGUGCAGGGGAGUGCUUCCUUGUCGAAGUAAUUUUAAAGGCUUCGGUUUUAUUUGUUGUUAACUACUUUUUACUGUUCUGAAAAUUAAGAAAACAUGUGAUGCUCAUUUUGGUGAAUUCAUAGUCAAUGCAUAAAUGUGUAUUAUGAUGGGAAUGCUGGAUGGAGGGGAGUUUGAGUCUGGAAGUUGGUUCUUCUGGGAGCUUUAUUUUGGUGCUCUGUGUUGAACUGGAAGCAUAGGGAUAGAAUGUACAGGGUAGUCUUACAGAACCUUCAAAACUCCUUUUGUUCCAGCUCAUUUCCUGAUAUUUCAUUUUCAGUUAUUGUAUCUGUCA